AUGGCCGCUCUCGCUGCACUCUGCCUUGCAUUGGCUUCCCAGGGCCUUACAGCCUGGGCCCUCGGUUUCACUGCCCCCACAAACCUUGCCCGACCUGCUAUUGCAGCGGUUGUUGCUCUGCUUACCUGGUUCUUCAAUCAGGCCAUUCUCGACGCAUUGCCCAGUCGUUUACAGGUGGCGUUGCUAUCUACAGGAAUGUGGAUCCAAUGCUUGAAGACGUUUGACGAUCUCUGCCUGAGCAGAUUGUCUUUCGAGGGUAUAUCGCCAUCUUUUACGAAGCGUGCGUCCUUUGGGGUCAGCAAUCUUUGGAACAUGCGUGGUGUUGGUACGAGGAAGCAGAUAUCCCAAAUCCCUCCCUGGUCUAGCCAGACACACUCUCUCGUACCGUCUCGCAGCCAUGAACUUAGACGACAUGUGAGGAAUUCUAUCAUCAGCUUUCUCAUCCUCGAUGUCUUUGCCGCCCAACCACCUCCAGAUCCCAACAUGAUAUCUCCCCAGAAGGAACACUUGCUGACACGCAUCGGCCAAAUCACUCCCGAAGAGGCAAUGUUUCGCUUCUUUGCCACCUUUGGUUUCUGGCUCAACACCUUUUGCGUCAUCCAUCUUAUCAACAGUGCUUUUUCUCUUCUAUACCUCAGCCUAAACCUAUACCCCGUCGAAAUGCUACCCCCGAUCUGGGGUAGUCUCUCCGAGGCUUACAGCGUUAGGCGUUUCUGGGGUAAUUUCUGGCAUCAGACGCUACGACGUCACCUCACCUCCCUUUCAGACUUCCUUGUCCAUGGGAUUCUUCGCAUGCCAAAGGGUCUUGUUUCUCGUUACUGCAAGCUUAUCGGCGCUUGGGAUAUCGGUGAAGGAGACCAACGUUAUCAACUAUUUCGUUACAACUGCACUGGUGAUUAUUUGUGA